CAGGAGUAUAUUGAGCCCUAAAUGAGCCUUUCCUUCCCUUUCCAGAUUGUUUUACAGAUACCGAGACCUGGCCCCACAGCUGGUCCCACUCAGCUACAUAGAUAAACCAGAUGUGAAGCUUCCCUAUGAACUCAUUGGCAGCAUGGCAGAGCUGAAGGACAAUCCAUUCCGUCAACGGAUAGCAGAAGUUUUCUCAGAGGAUGGAGAGGGCAACAUGACUUUAGAUGACUUUUUGGACAUGUUUUCAGUGCUGAGUGAAAUGGCUCCCAGAGACCUCAAAGCUUAUUAUGCCUUUAAAAUUUAUGAUUUUAAUAAUGAUGAUUACAUAUGCAAAUCAGACUUGGAGAAAACUGUUAACAAACUGACCCGAAAUGAACUUACCCUAGAGGAGGUUUGUCUUGUUUGUGAUAAGGUGAUUGAUGAAGCUGAUCAAGACAAUGAUGGCAGACUCUCUGUGGAAGAUUUUCAGCACAUGAUAGCACGAGCUCCUGAUUUCCUCAGUACAUUUCACAUUCGAAUCUGAAUCUGGUGAAAGAGAGAUGAGAACUGCAUCUUGAGUCUGCAAUACGUCGUCGUUACCUUUUGCUUGAGGUUACUGCUCAUAUGAAAGAGAUAAAUAAAGAGGACCAAAUAAGGAUUUUCAGACACUGAAGAGCAAGGCGGAAAAGUCUUGUUUAAAUCUUUAGAAGAUACAAUUCAUCAAGAUUUCCCUUUGUAAUUUAGCAGAAGUUUUUUUUUGGCCAAUAAAAUAUCUUUUAAAAAAGUCUUGUUUUGAGUUACAGCCUGAGCAGAUCUGAUCUGUAAUGGAGAAUAUAUGUAGCACCACAUGCUGUCAUUUUCAGAAUAAACUAUUUUUUGUAGUUCAGAGUGAGCCAGGCCCUAAAAAGAACGUACAAAAAAUAUACACCUCUACCCCGAUAUAACGCAGUUCUCCGGAACCAAAAAAUCUUAUCGUGCUAUAGGUGAG